AUGGACCUGCUGCUGCUGCUGCUGCUGCUGCUGCUGCUGCUGCUGCCGCCCUCCUCCUUGGGCCUGUACACCCUGCCACCUCUGGCCUCCUCUCCCCCAGCCGUACUGCAGACCACCCCCCAGAGCGAGUGCAAUCUGAGGGUGGAUCCGCCCGCACUGGUCGUCAGGUUUGGAGAUCCAGUCUGGGUGAACUGCUCCAACACUGAGGUGUCAAUGAUGGGAUGGAACGGUCUGCAGCGUGAGUGUGUGUCCAUGGCCUCCUCCCUGCUGUGGACAGAGGAGGCCCUCAGGAGCUGGACUCUGGAUCCAGUGUGUUUCGCUCUGACUGUGGUCGGCCCCUGUCAGGCCUCUGUGCAACUCCUGGUUUACCAGGCUCCAGAGGCUGUCUCCAUACGCUUCAGGGAGGGGCCCCUGGUCCAGGACCUGACAGAGGACCCCUUGGGGCCCCUGGUGCAGGACCUGACAGAGGACCCCUUGGGGCCCCUGGUGCAGGACCUGACAGAGGACCCCUUGGGGCCCCUGGUCCAGGACCUGACAGAGGACCCCUUGAGGCCCCUGGUCCAGGACCUGACAGAGGACCCCUCGGGGCCCCUGGUCCAGGAGCUGGUGCAGGGCCGGCUGUACUCGCUGCAGUGUGAGGUGAGGGCCGGGGCCCCCGCUCAGAGCAUGAGGGUGAGGUUCUUCAGGGGCCUCCAGGAGCUGGGAGCACAGAACAGCACCUCAGGGGCCCCUGGUCCAGUGGACCUCAGCUUCUCCCUGGUCCACAACGUCAGUAGAGAGGACCAUGGGGCCCUCUUCUGGUGCGAGGUCACUCUGCAGCUGGGCCCCCAGGGGCCACAACCCCCCCCUGUGGUCCGCUCUGACAACAUCACAGCCAGCGUCCUCUUGAGGGAGUACCAGGUGGAAGCUCCGCCCACUCUGCCUGCCCAAGUGCAUGAUGGGAAACCCACGGUGCAGAGUCAGAAGGGACAGAGACGCCGGCCGGAGGAGGCGGAGCCAAGAGGAGCAGGCCCCGCCCCCUGCUCCAGCGCUCUCCUUCUAUUGGCUCUGCUGCUGCUUCAGUCCUAUCCUUUCCCGUGCGCUCUGUCCGGUGCUUUACGGUACUGUCUCCCGGUAACGCCCCUCCUCUCUCCGGGCUUCACGAUCCCUCCGUCAGCCACACAUCCACAUGCUCUCCGCGGACUCAGAACCCUCCACCCGGCUGAGGAGCUCCAGGCCUCCAGCCCCGCAGACCCCCCACCCAGUUUUAUCCCUGACCAAAGCCCAGACACUUUGCUGAACGUCUUCUUGGCCAUUGCUGUCGACAAUCUGGCAAAUGCUCAGGAGCUCACAAAGGAUGAGGAGGAGCAGGAGGAGGCUGCGAGUCAGAAGACCGCUCUGCAGAAGGCCAAGGAGGUGGCAGAGGUCAGCCCCCUUUCUGCAGCAAACCUGUCCAUCGCUGCUAAGGAGCAGCAGAAGAACUUUUCCAGAGGAAACAACAACAAGUCUGUUUGGGAGCAGAGAACCAGCGAGAUCCGAAGACAGAAGCUGAUGACGAGUCGAGAGGCGCUCUACAACGAACUGGAGCAGGAGGAGUGGAAGGGGGUAGAGGGGGAGCAGGUGAGGAGGGGGAGAGGUGGGAGAGGGGGAGAGGGGGAGCAGGUGAGGAGGGGGAGAGGUGGGAGAGGGGGAGAGGGGGGGGAGCAGGUGAGGAGGGGGAGAGGUGGGAGAGGGGGAGAGGUGGGGGGAGCAGGUGAGGAGGGGGGACUAUGGACCCUUAAACCCACUUCUUUCUGA